AUGGCUUCUAGAAGAAUAAUUAAGCUCGUGGUUUUUGAGCUUCUGGAGUUUGCAGCUUUCUCCAUCCCCACACUUGUGAUUGUGGAACAGUUUGCUACUGCCUAUCAAAGGACAAGGACGAUACAUGAGAAAACAAAUUACUGGCUGAUUGUUUCCUGUUCUAUUGCCUAUGUGGCUUUAGUGACUCUAUUGAUUUGGCUUCCCGUUAAAGUUCUCUUAUACAGAAAACGUCAUUUUUACAAAAAAAUUAUAGGAUGGAGACCUGUUAUGAUGAUGUGUGUUGUACUCACCACGCUUCCUAGCUUCAGCUUUUCCAUAGCAGUGACUGAGGUUCAAAAGAAUAUUAAUGGUUCCGCUGAUGUAUUACCUGAUACUUUACCUGACCUGCCAGUAUCUCUGGUUCUGUUAUGCUUGAUCGUGGUUGAUAUUAUUGAAAAACUCAGGAUAUAUCCUCUUAGAGGGAGUCAAAAGAGUAAUGAAGAUGGGCACAUCCACAUGACCUCUAUGCAACAGAUAAAAACCGUAACGGAGCAAGUGAAGCAAAGUGACGAAAACCCUGCAGGUCCCCAGGCAGCGGGGAGAACUGAGAUGUCCAGACCCCCAGGAGCCACACAGUUUCCUGUGCCGUUAGCACCCCAGGAGCCUUUCUUUACCUCGGGAAUCCUGAGAACAAUGUCCCAGCGAGAUGUCCGGGCAGAGAUAUUCCUGUGGAGUUUUCUGCUGUGGUCUGACACUAUAGAAAUGGUGCGUGUGGCCGGUCACCCUGCUGUGUACAAAUCCAGCUGGCUAUAUCCAGUCUACAUAUUCAGUUUUAUUUCUGUCCUUCGAGUGAUAUUCACCCCCCAAAACCCUCUUCUCAAUUCCCUGGGUGUCCUGCUGCAGGAUCUGCCCUUUAUCUUCGUGAGACUUGGUUUAAUCAUUGCUCUAGGGACUAUCACACCCGUUCUGGGCCUUUGUAAGAAUGUCCUAGUGACUAUCUCUUAUGUUUAUUUCAAUCACCUUACCAAACUCAGGACUUUCUCCACUUUUGAAACGUCUUUAUUUUAA